CAUACCGCGGGCAGAUCUCCUCGACCUUCGACCCUUCCAGAUUGCCCCACGGCAUCCCCCUUGAUCCCGCUGCUGCUGCCUACUCCCUGCCCCCGCACCUGACCUCUGGACCAAGCUACCCGCAGCCCUACCCACCUUACCCACCUUACCCACCUUACCCACCCUUCCUGCUCCAGGGCUACCCAGAGACGCCAGCACUGCAGUACCGCCACACGGCAUUCAGCGACUACAUCACCUCGCAGCAGGUGAACCAUUGGCCAGCCGCCGCUGCCACUGUGGCCGCCCAGAGGUUGGACCUGCUGCACACAUUCAACCCCAGAGACCAGCUCUUCCUCUACUCUUUUCCACCACGGGGUGGAGUUCCACAUAUUUCUGAUAUGAAGGUUGUGUUGCUGGGAUGCGGAGGUGGUGGGAAGAGUUCAUCAGGAAACACCAUCCUGGGCAGAGAGCAGUUUAGCACCUCAGGAAGAACAGAUAAGUGUGUGAAGAGAGAAGGAGCAACAGCAGGGAGACACAUCACUGUAGUGGAGGCACCAGGAUGGUUUAGCAACGACACUGUAGAGGACACUUCUGAACAUGAGAAACGAGAGAUUGUCCUCAGUGUGUCUCUGUGUCCUCCAGGACCCCAUGCUCUACUCCUGGUCAUUAAUGUGAAUGAAUCAUUUACAGAGGAAGACAGAAGAGGAGUGCAAGAGCACAUGGAGCUGCUGGGGGAGAGAGUCUGGAGUCACACUAUAGUGCUGUUCACAUGGGGGGAAUGGCUGGGAGACGCAAGUAUUGAGCAGCACAUUGAGAGUGGAGGAGAGGCUCUGCAGUGGGUUGUAGAGAAAUGUGGGAACAGGUAUCAUGUUGUAGACAAUAUGAAGAGUGAUGGUGGUCAGGUGACAGAGCUGCUGGAGAAGAUAGAAGAGAUGGUGGCAGGAAACAGGGGCCAUCAGUUUGACUUUGACAGAAAUAUUUCUAAAAAACUAAAAGAAAAGAAGAAGGAAGAAGACAGAAGAGCAGAGGAGAGGAAGAUGAAGGUGCACAAGCAGAGACAGACUCUCAGAUCAUCAGCAGGUGGAGUUCCACAUAUUUCUGACAUGAAGGUUGUGCUGCUGGGAAACAGAUAUGCUGGGAAGAGUUCAUCAGGAAACACCAUCCUGGGCAGAGAAGAGUUCAGCACCUCAGGCAGAACAGCUGAGUGUGUGAAGAGAGAAGGAGCAACAGCAGGGAGACACAUCACUGUAGUGGAGGCACCAGGAUGGUGGAACAACCAUGCUGUAGAGCUAACGCCUGAACGUGAGAAACGAGAGAUUGUCCUCAGUGUGUCUCUGUGUCCUCCAGGACCCCAUGCUCUACUCCUAGUCAUUAAUGUGAGUAGGUCAUUCACAGAGGAAGACAGAAGAGGAGUGCAGCAACACAUGGAGCUGCUGGGGGAGAGAGUCUGGAGUCACACUAUAGUGCUGUUCACAUGGGGGGACUGGCUGGGAGACACAAGUAUUGAGCAGCACAUUGAGAGUGAAGGAGAGGCUCUGCAGUGGGUUGUAGAAAAAUGUGGGAACAGGUAUCAUGUUGUAGACAAUAAGAAGAGAGAUGGUGGCCAGGUGACUGAGCUGCUGGAGAAGAUAGAGGAGAUGGUGGCAGGAAGCAGGGGUCAUCAGUUUGACAUUGACAGAAAUAUUUGUAUGAAACUACAAGAGAAGAAGAGGGAAGAAGAGAGAAGAGCAGAGGAGAGGAAGAUGAAGGUGCACAAGCAGAGACAGACUCUCAGAUCGUCAGCAGGUGGAGCUCCACAUAUUUCUGACAUGAAAGUUGUGCUGCUGGGAUACGGAAAUGCUGGGAAGAGUUCAUCAGGAAACACCAUCCUGGGCAGAGAGGAGUUUAGCACCUCAGAUAAGUGUGUGAAGAGAGAAGGAGCAACAGCAGGGAGACACAUCACUGUAGUGGAGGCACCAGGAUGGUAUUAUAACAACACUGUAGAGGAAACUCCUGAACGUGAUAAACGAGAGAUUGUCCUCAGUGUGUCUCUGUGUCCUCCAGGACCCCAUGCUCUACUUCUGGUCAUUGAUGUGAGUAGGUCAUUCACAGAGACAGACAGAAGAGCAGUGCAGAUACACAUGGAGCUGCUGGGUGAGAGAGUCUGGAGUCACACUAUAGUGCUGUUCACCAAUGGGGACUGGCUGGGAGACACAAGUAUUGAGCAGCAUAUUGAGAGUGGAGGAGAGGCUCUGCAGUGGGUUAUAGAAAAAUGUGGGAACAGAUAUCAUGUUGUAGACAAUAAGAAGAGUGAUGGUGGCCAGGUGACAGAUCUGCUGCAGAAGAUAGAGGAGAUGGUGGCAGGAAACAUGGGCCAUCUGUUUCACUUUGACAGAAAUAUUUCUACAAAUCUACAAGAAAAGAAGAGGGAAGAAGAGAGAAGAGCAGAGGAGAGGAAGAUGAAAAUGCACAAGCAGAGACAGACUCUCAGAUCAUCAGCAGGUGGAGUUCCACAUAUUUCUGACAUCAAGGUUGUGCUGCUGGGGAGCAGACUGGGAGGGAAGAGUUCAUCAGGAAACUCCAUCUUGGGCAGAGAGGAGUUUAGCACCUCAGAAAGAACAGAAAAGUGUGUGAAGAGAGAAGGAGCAACAGCAGGGAGACACAUCACUGUAGUGGAGGCUCCAGGAUGGUAUUAUAACAACACUGUAGAAGAAACUCCUGAACGUGAUAAACGAGAGAUUGUCCUCAGUGUGUCUCUGUGUCCUCCAGGACCCCAUGCUCUACUCCUGCUCAUUAAUGUGAGUAAGUCAUUCACAGAGACACACAGAAGAGCAGUGCAGGAACACAUGGAGCUGCUGGGUGAGAGAGUCUGGAGUCACACUAUAGUGCUGUUCACCAGAGGGGACUGGCUGGAAGACACAAGUAUUGAGCAGCACAUUGAGAGUGGAGGAGAAGCUCUGCAGUGGGUUGUAGAGAAAUGUGGGAAGAGGUAUCAUGUUGUGAACAAUAAGAAGAGUGAUGGUGGCCAGGUGACAGAGCUGCUGCAGAAGAUAGAGGAGAUGGUGGCAGGAAACAGGGGUCAUCAGUUUGACUUUGACAGGAACAUUUCUAUGAAGCUACAAGAGAAGAAGAGGGAAGAAGAGAGAAGAGCAGAGGAGAGGAAGAUGAAAAUGCACAAGCAGAGACAGACUCUCAGAUCAUCAGCAGGUGGAGUUCCACAUAUUUCUGACAUGAAGGUUGUGCUGCUGGGGAGCAGGCAGGCUGGGAAGAGUUCAUCAGGAAACACCAUCCUGGGCAGAGAGGAGUUUAGCACCUCAGGAAGAACAGCUGAGUGUGUGAAGAGAGAAGGACAAGCAGCAGGGAGACACAUCACUGUAUUGGAGGCACCAGGAUGGUGGGCUAACUACACCGUAGAGCAAACUCCUGAACGUGAUAAACAAGAGAUUAUCCUCAGUGUGUCCCUGUGUCCUCCAGGACCCCAUGCUCUACUCCUGGUCAUUAGUGUGGAUGAGUCAUUCACAGAGACACAGAGAAGAGCAGUGCAGGAACACAUGGAGCUGCUGGGGGAGAGAGUCUGGAGUCACACUAUAGUGCUGUUCACAUAUGGGGACUGUCUGGGAGACACAAGUAUUGAGCAGCACAUUGAGAGUGAAGGAGAGGCUCUGCAGUGGGUUGUAGAGAAAUGUGGGAACAGGUAUCAUGUUGUAGACGAUGAGAAGAGUGAUGGUGGCCAGGUGACAGAGCUGCUGGAGAAGAUAGAGGAGAUGGUGGCAGGAAACAGGGGUCAUCUGUUUGACAUUGACAGAAAUAUUUCUAUGAGGCUACAAGAGAAGAAGAGGGAAGAAGAGAGAAGAGCAGAGGAGAGGAAGAUGAAGGUGCAAAAGCAGAGACAGACUCUCAGAUCAUCAGCAGGUGGAGUUCCACAUAUUUCUGACAUGAAGGUUGUGCUGCUGGGAAACAGAAAUGAUGGGAAGAGUUCAUCAGGAAACACCAUCCUGGGCAGAGAGGAGUUUAGCACCUCAGGAAGAACAGCUGAGUGUGUGAAGAGAGAGGGAGCAACAGCAGGGAGACACAUCACUGUAGUGGAGGCACCAGGAUGGUGGAACAACUACACUUUAGAGCAAACUCCUGAACGUGAUAAACAAGAGAUUGUCCUCAGUGUGUCCCUGUGUCCUCCAGGACCCCAUGCAAUACUCCUGGUCAUUAGUGUGGAUUAUUCAUUCACAGAGACACACAGAAGAGCAGUGCAGGAACACAUGGAGCUGCUGGGUGAGAGAGUCUGGAGUCACACUAUAGUGCUGUUCACCAGAGGGGACUGGCUGGGAGACACAAGUAUUGAGCAGCACAUUGAGAGUGGAGGAGAGGCUCUGCAGUGGGUUGUACAGAAAUGUGGGAACAGGUAUCAUGUUGUAGAAAAUGAGAAGAGUGAUGGUGGCCAGGUGACAGAGCUGCUGGAGAAGAUAGAAGAGAUGGUGACAGGACACAGGGGCCAUCCGUUUGACAUUGACAGGAACAUUUCUAUGAAGCUACAAGAGAAAAAGAGGGAAGAAGAGAGAAGAGCAGAGGAGAGGAAGAUGAAGGUGCACAAGCAGAGACUGACUCUCAGAUCAUCAGCAGGUGGAGUUCCAUAUAUUUUUGACAUGAAGGUUGUGCUGCUGGGAGACAGACUUGCUGGGAAGAGUUCAUCAGGAAAUACCAUCCUGGGCAGAGAGGAGUUUAGCACCUCAGGAAGAACAGCUGAGUGUGUGAAGAGAGAGGGAGCAACAGCAGGGAGACACAUCACUGUAGUGGAGGCACCAGGAUGGUGGAAUAGCUAUAUUGUAGAGCAAACUCCUGAACGUGAUAAACAAGAGAUUGUCCUCAGUGUGUCCCUGUGUCCUCCAGGACCCCAUGCUCUACUCUUGCUCAUUAAUGUGGAUUAUUCGUUCACAGAGACACACAGAAGAGCAGUGCAGCAGCACAUGGAGCUGCUGGGGGAGAGAGUCUGGAGUCACACUAUAGUGCUGUUCACCAGAGGGGACUGGCUGGGAGACACAAGUAUUGAGCAGCACAUUGAGAGUGGAGGAGAGACUCUGCAGUGGGUUGUAGAGAAAUGUGGGAACAGGUAUCAUGUUGUAGACAAUGAGAAGAGUGAUGGUGGACAGGUGACAGAGCUGCUGGAGAAGAUAGAGGAGAUGGUGACAGGACACAGGGGCCAUCAGUUUGACUUUGACAGGAACAUUUCUAUGAAGCUACAAGAGAAGAAGAGGGAAGAAGAGAGAAGAGCAGAGGAGAGGAAGAUGAAGGUGCACAAGCAGAGACUGACUCUCAGAUCAUCAGCAGGUGGAGUUCCAUAUCUUUUUGACAUGAAGGUUGUGCUGCUGGGAAACAGACUUGCUGGGAAGAGUUCAUCAGGAAAUACCAUCCUGGGCAGAGAGGAGUUUAGCACCUCAGGAAGAACAGCUGAGUGUGUGAAGAGAGAAGGAGAAACAGCAGGGAGACACAUCACUGUAGUGGAGGCACCAGGAUGGUGGAAGAACUACACUGUAGAGCAAACUCCUGCACGUGAAAAACAAGAGAUUGUCCUCAGUGUGUCCCUGUGUCCUCCAGGACCCCAUGCUCUGCUCCUGGUCAUUAAUGUGAGUAAGUCAUUCACAGAGACACACAAAAGAGCAGUGCAGGAACACAUGGAGCUGCUGGGGGAGAGAGUCUGGAGUCACACUAUAGUGCUGUUCACCAGAGGGGUCUGGCUGGGAGACACAAGUAUUGAGCAGCACAUUGAGAGUGGAGGAGAGGCUCUGCAGUGGGUUGUAGAGAAAUGUGGGAACUGGUAUCAUGUUGUAGAAAAUGAGAAGAGUGAUGGUGGACAGGUGACAGAGCUGCUGGAGAAGAUAGAGGAGAUGGUGACAGGACACAGGGGCCAUCAGUUUGACUUUGACAGGAACAUUUCUAUGAAGCUACAAGAGAAGAAGAGGGAAGAAGAGAGAAGAGCAGAGGAGAGGAAGAUGAAGGUGCACAAGCAGAGACAGACUCUCAGAUCAUCAGCAGGUGGAGUUCCAUAUCUUUUUGACAUGAAGGUUGUGCUGCUGGGAGACAGACUUGCUGGGAAGAGUUCAUCAGGAAAUACCAUCCUGGGCAGAGAGGAGUUUAGCACCUCAGGCAGAACAGCUGAGUGUGUGAAGAGAGAAGGAGCAACAGCAGGGAGACACAUCACUGUAGUGGAGGCACCAGGAUGGUGGAAUAGCUACACUGUAGAGCAAACUCCUGAACGUGAUAAACGAGAGAUUGUCCUCAGUGUGUCCCUGUGUCCUCCAAGACCCCAUGCUCUACUCCUGGUCAUUAGAGUGAGUAAGUCAUUCACAGAGACACUCAGAAGAGCAGUGCAGGAACACAUGGAGCUGCUGGGGGAGAGAGUCUGGAGUCACACUAUAGUGCUGUUCACCAGAGGGGACUGUCUGGGAGACACAAGUAUUGAGCAGCACAUUGAGAGUGAAGGAGAGGCUCUGCAGUGGGUUGUAGAGAAAUGUGGGAACAGGUAUCAUGUUGUAGACAAUGAGAAGAGUGAUGGUGGGCAGGUGACAGAGCUGCUGGAGAAGAUAGAGGAGAUGGUGCUGAGAAACAGUGGAGAAUGGAGUAUGGAGGAGUCCCUUAUUUCAAAAGGAGACAAUGCACUGACUACAAAUGAGUUUCCUAUACCUUGUGACCUGACUGCCAGUCUGCUGACAAAGGACCACUUCACCUGCACUGUGUGUACAGACAUGCUGAAGGACCCCGUCUCCAUCCCUUGUGGACACAGUUACUGCAGAGUGCAUCACCUCACACUGGGCCCAGCCUAACCAUGCAGGACACUAUGCUUGUCCCCAGUGCUCACACACAUACAGCUCCUGUCCAGCACUUUACACAAACUCAGCCUUAGCAAUAGUGGUCCACAAGAUCCAGCAGUUCAGUCCUGUUCCUCCUGCUCACUGCUACACUGGUCCUGGAGAUGUGGCCUGUGAUUUCUGCACUGGGAGGAAACUCAGAGCUGUGAAGUCCUGUGUGACCUGCUCUGCAUCCUAUUGUGAGUCUCACAUCAGGCAGCACUACACAGUUCCAGUACUGCAGAAACACACACUGGUGGAGCCCCUAAUUCAGGAACAAAAUCUUAGUCAGCAGCAUGACAACAACAAUGAAGACUUGGAAGGGAUUAAGGAUAAAGACCACCUAAAAUGGGUCCAGCAGCAGUCCUCUGGACAGAUUCCAGUUGCAGAUUUAAAGAUCCAACAAGGGACACUGGACCCAAGACCCAAGAUGAAGAGAAAGGCCUCACCAGCUCAGAUCACUCUAGAGAAAAGAAUAAAGCUGGAGAAGUCAGACUCACCUGCACCCAGCGGUGUGUCUUUAAGGUCAAUGGAGCCACCUGAAAACUUCAAAGGAG